AAUCGUUAAAUCAUCAAACCUGCACUCUACGACAACCCAACCCCGACGCCAAAAUCUCAUCUAGCUCUAGCUUAUAUCACAAUUCCCAAAUCACACCAUCUGAAAACCGGUAUAAGCCAUUUCUUUAACAAUGGCUGGAGGCGAAGAGGGUCCGGCUGGUGGCUCGGUAUCUGAACCACUUGAUCUCGUACGCCUGCUCCUCGAUGAGGUUGUCUUUGUGAAGCUGCGAGGUGAUCGGGAAUUGAAGGGUCGUCUUCAUGCUUACGACAGCCAUAUGAACUUGGUCUUGGGUGAUGUUGUGGAGACUAUCUACGCGGUAGAUGAGGACGACGAGGAUGAGGAUAUUAGAACAACGACUAAGAAAUCCGAGAUGUUAUUCGUGAGAGGUGAUAGCGUUGUCCUCGUCUCUCCUCAGAGCUCAUCAUGAGCACUGACUGAAAACCUCAAAUCCUCUCGGAUCUAAGAGACCCCUGUCUCAUCUCAGACUACCAUUUCUAUGUCCGAUCAAUUGGUCCCGAACUUUGACCCCAGAGCAUAGAUCUUGAUUUAGAGAUAGGUACCUAGUACCUACCUAAUAGAUAUCCCUGUCAAGACGAAAAAGGGAUCAAUUUCAGGAAGCACGCAGAAAGGCUUCAGAUUACUACCUGGAGAGCCUUGGACGCCUCAUUAAACGAAUGCAGGAAGACGCCGGUGACAUGCAAGCCUAUUAAGUCGUGGUUUAAUAGGUUAUGAGAUCACUAAGGCCGUGGCCUCGUGUGAUAUCCCAUGGACACAGAAACUAGUCCUAUCAAUUCAAUGUAAUAUUUCCUUGGAAAGGAAAUCCACCGUUGAUAACCUCCAUGCAUGUUCAGAUCUUCCCCGCGUCCAGCUUAUCAAGCCCAGCCACCAACCCUGGAGAUAACAUCCAUCGGGAAUAUCCAUCAGCUUAUCUCGCGCUCUCUUAUCUAACCCUGCCUACAAUACCUAUAGCCUAGGUAGGUAGGUGGUUGAUCCUUAUACCACUUCGU